AAAAAAAUUGCCGUUAUCGGGCCAAGGCCUGUGAACCCCUGGUUAAACCCUAGAAUCCCUCCCUGUUAAAAUCAAACGCUCUAAUUGUUGUCUUCUUGUAUACACACAAACAUUCGCUAAGCUUUCUCCACCUCUCUACAAACCAAUGGAAGAAGACGAGUGUUUGGCACUAGAGGCCGCAGAGGCCGAGCCCCUGCGAUCCAAGAAGCCCAAUUCAAAAACUCCCUCAAAGUCGAGAAAAAACAAGGACACUGAUCCCAAGAAGCGGGACCUAAAGUCGAUCGAACUAUCUCUAACCAAGCCUUCCUAUAAUUUACAGCGCGGAAGGGCGACUCUGACCACUGAUUUGAAGAGCCUGCGGUGGCUUCAUCGGAACCGGCUUAGUGGCUUUUUGCGCAAGCUUGUGCGGAGGCAUAAUUGGGAUGAAGUUAGCGGCGUUUUGAGCGUGCUUAUGAAGGCUACUUGUAAGGAUAGGUCUCCGGAGCAUAAUCGGACUAAGUAUUUGGCUGCUUUGGAGCUUUUGAAGCACACUGAUUCUGAAAUUAGUGGUAAAAAUAAUUUCCAGAAUGUAUUUGAAACUUGGAUGAGAAAGCUUGGAACAGCAAGAGGUUGGCAAACAAAGGAUAGGUUUCUGGUUCAGUUGGAGUUCAUCCUGUUUUGUCUAACACAAGGGAAGACCGAAGAUGCAAAUCAGGCUGUUAUAUGGUUGAUGCAAGAGCGUGAAUUCACGGAAAACCCCAUUUCGAAUUUGGUUGUAGGAUUGGCAUUUUGUCAGGAUUGGUAUGAUACGUUAUGCAUAGAGUUUCCAACUCUAGACAUAAGGGGAUCUGAUGCACCCAGUCAAUCAGAGAUGUCAGAACCUGCAGUGGAAAUGUCAUUUGAUAAUCGUGGAAGUCACAUUGCAGAUGAGUUUCAAGAAGAUAAUUACACAGUUAAGUGCAAUUCUGAUACCUCUGUUAGGAAUGACAAAGAAAUGGAAUGUGAAGAGGAUCAAAAAGUAUCCGUUAAUGUGGACAUGCAUACAGAAACUCCUCAUAGUUUUCAUAAGCCACAAAGUUUUUAUGUGCAUUCAAGUGAAAGUAAUGAACAGGAGGAGGUUUCCUUUUCCGGUCAUGCAUCUAUCUUUUAUGCCCAAGGUCUAGAACCGUGGUUGCUCGCUUCACGGGUGCUUUACUCGGUUAAGAGUUUAGAUGAAUUCCUCUAUUUGCAAAAGAAGGUACACAAUGAGUCAUACAAGGGUGCAUUGAAGUAUUUACGUGCUGCACUUCAUUCAGUCCCUUCAACGCCAGAGGCCUUGUUUCCUUUAGUACAGAUGCUGCUUCUUGGAGAUCAAGUCAAGGAAGCUAUAGAUGAAGUUGAAAAGUUUAGUUCAGACACAUCACUGUAUGCAAGAUUAAAAGCUAGUCUUUUGGAGCAUUUUGAUAGCAACAACCACAUUUAUCUUUCAACAUGCUUCGAAGAUGCUUUACAAAAAGAUCCAACAUGUACACACUCCUUGACAAGACUUCUAUGCUUGCAUCAACAGGGGGAUUAUAGUGGUGAAAAACUGUUGGAGAUGAUAGCCUUGCACUUAGAUGCUACAUAUGCUGAAUGUAAAAUCUGGAAAGAGUUUGCUUCUUGCUUUUUGAAGCUGUCUCUGAGUGAAGAAGACAGAAUAUCAACGUGUCUCACUGGUGAUGAAAAAAACUUGCAAGGGCAAUUUAAUAGUUUCAAUAGGAAGCCAGUUAUAGUCGCUGACAGCGUUAUGGGCAGGGAGUGGAAAUUACGUUGCAGAUGGUGGAUGACCCGUCACUUCAGCAAAAGUAUCCUUGUUUCAGAAUUUGAAGCAGGUGAUGUGCAGCUUCUCACUUACAAAGCAGCCUCAGCUUGUCAUCUUUACGGACAGGAUUUUGAGUAUGUUAGGAAGGUGUCAGAGUGGUUAGUGAAAGAUGGAAAUAACAGUGACAUGUUCUCAUUUUUGCAGAUGCACAUGCAAUAUUCUGUUGGAUUCUAUCAUAGAUCCAAAAGGAAUGUUUAUUAAUUAUUCUAUUUUUAAUAACCCUCAGCUUGUCAUCUGUAUGAACAAGAUUUUGAGUAUGUUAAGGUGUCAGAAUGGUUGGAGAAAGAUAGAAAUAGUAGUGAUAUGUUCUCAUU